AUGUCCAACAGUGGCUCAAGAAGUGGUCAUAGACAUGUUGAUUUUGGUGACUACUUUUUUGGUCCUAGACUUGAAGGACUCAUUGAACAACACAUAACCAAUGACCGGCUUGGUCCUCCCCCUGCAUCACGCUCUUCAAUUGAUGCAAUGCCAACCAUUAAGAUCACAAAUGAACACCUCCAAUCUGAUUCACACUGUGCAGUUUGUAUGGAAAGGUUUGAACUGAGUUCCGAGGCCAGGAAAAUGCCAUGUGGCCACAUUUACCACUCAGACUGUAUUGUUCCAUGGUUAGUUCAGCACAAUUCAUGUCCUGUUUGCCGUGUUGAGCUGCCACCUCAAGGACACCCCAGUUCCCGAGGUUGUAGAAUUUGGGGAAGAAGGAAUGCUAGUGACAGUAGAAGUGGGAAUAGAGAGAUGAACAAUGGAAGGAGAAAUCUACUAUCAUAUUUGUGGCCAUUUCGAACUUCUACUUCAAAUACAUGA